AGAAUAAGUACGACAAUUACUUAUGAUUAUCAGGAGUAUGCUAGAAGAGAGUGAGAGUAGUCGUAAGUUUUUGGACGACGAGAACACGUGAUCGAAGCUACAAGUAAAGAUCAUGUGGAUCAUGAAUCAGUAUCCAUGAAGCAACAUCGCCGCUCUUGUUUGACAGAGGCUUCCUUUCUGUUUCGACGCUGCCAGUAGAAGCGCAAGAGAAGGAGAGUCAAUUAUAUGUCGUGCCGCUCGUGGUCUUUUCUCGAAUACAUGCUGUGAAGGAGAUCGCCAUGGCGAUGACCGAUCUCCAAACUGCGUCCGACCUGAGAUCUCAACUUCCCCCCGCGAACCACAUUCUCGACGAGAUCGAGGAGAUCCUCCUCGCCACCGCUUUGCAGCACCACGCGCAGUCCGUGCUGACCAGCAAAAAACAAACGACCGACCGAAAAAUCGCGACGCAGCUGCGACGGAACCAAGGUUAUGACUUGGAAAGUAAGAAGUAGUACAGCUACAGUAAUAUCGCAUGCAUAACUGGCACGGGCUGGAAAUCAUUCUUCAUGAUGUGUUCCUUCAUGUAGUCUGGAUGUGGCAUUAUCAGAUCAUUUGUUUCGCUUUCGAAGCCCUAGUACGGUCCAAAUGCAAAUGCAUUGAAUGAAGAUACCAUAGUACUACUACUUUCCGCUCUCCAUUGCACCGUUUGGCGGCAAGUGCAACAAGAGUUGCGUUUGAAAAGUUGGCUGUACACCCAAUUCUAUGAAAUGCAAAUAUGUCUGGGUCUGGAAACUUGUGAUGCUGGUUGGCGAAUCAAGAGAACGCCAGAAAUGACGGCUCAGCAUGACAGGUUUUUGAGUCGCUAGGUGUUGCCUAUUCUGCAUGAGAAACUGGGUUUUUGCAUGACACAAAAGUGGCGCUUUUGGGUACCUUGCAUGACAGACUUGACAGUCAUGCUAGCAGAGCAUGACAAACCUGGCAUUUUUCCAGACCCAGACAUAUUUGCAAUGCAUAAAUUCGUCGAGCACGCACUUUACGGAAACGGUACCUCCAGCGUCAGUGAAGCGAAAAAUCUUUACUUGCCGAGCAGGGAAAAAGAGGCGUUUUACGAAGAGGCAGAAGACCGACUGUGGGAUGGUAUAAUUCUUUUUGCAGCAAGUGAUGUAUGACAUUAACAUCACAUGUCGAUUAUGGGAAGAAUUUUGACUAACUUAAGAAGACCUGGAAUCACAGCACUGUGUGCAAGAACGUAAAGAUCUUGCUAAACCACCUUUCAAUUUUAACUACAGUCGUCCUCCGCAGUCAGCAGUGGCGGCACCACGCGGCCAAUCCGAAAAAUUUUUCGACGGGAACAAACCGCGACCAGAACAAUAAAGCCCUCGCGACAAGCAAAAAUACCUCCUUGGGACAAACAUCGUCCUCCUCCAGAAUGCGUGGCGGUGCCGUCCCGUUCUCGCACGGAGGCACAGGACGAGACACCAGUGCAGCCAGCUUCUUGGAUAAGCAAGGCGGUAAUACCAUCAAUGGUGGCACCGCUUCAUCAUCUUCAUCCGAGCGGUAUAGCAACGUAAAAGGAGGAGCUGCAGCUGGGAUGAAUCCGCGAUCGGCACAUAAAAAUACUGCGAGAGCGUAUGGAUCUUCAGGAUCGCAAUAUCCACUUCUCUCAGGACAACAUCAAUCCAGCUCCUCCUCCUCUUCGAGCCGACCCACUUCGCCGAUGAGAGCGAAAGGAUAUUACUACAACUCGGCUACUACUUCAGACAGGAAUAUUAAGACCUCGAGUACCACGACCAGAUUGAAUCUGGUGCAGCAACAGCAGCAACAGAAUAAAUUUGCGCCAAAUAGUAGACGACCUUUAUUUUCGUCCUCGUCUAGGUCAUCUUCUACUACUUCGAACUACAAUUUGAAAAGUGGAGCCUUUUCAACAUCAUUCGGCGGUUCCGGACCAGGGCCGCCGAUGAAUUUUACCAGUCGCGGGGGGAAAAAUGAAAUUACAAGUGGAGCUUUGGCUACAGCAACUCCUGGUGUAGCUUCGGCGAGUAGUGGUAAAAAAAUGACAACAUCAGCAGGAGGAACUGCCUCUAGUACAACCGUCGAAACAAGCAACAACAUUAAAGGCAGACCCCUUUUGCAUGUGGACGCCAGUUUGGAAGACCCGGUGGCGGUUUCGGCAAUACACAAAAUUCGCAAAGCCACGUCGGAAGUCCACCAAUUCAUCGAAGAACGGUUCCACAACGUCAGUAGUGGUGGAGGCGGUGGUGCUGUGAAUUGAAUUGUGCAGGCACUGCUGCAAUGAUGAAACAAAUAAGCGGAAUCAUAAGAAUUUUUUCUACACGUACUAAAGAGAACGCCCGCGACCAUAUGGUUGCUCUAUAAUAUUCAGCUCAAAGUGAUGAAAAGCGCGAGGAGAAGAUGACACUCAGCUGAAACUGUAGCCGCGUAA